AUGACAACCUUCGAUCUUCUCCAUAGCAUAGUUUAUAUCGCCCUUACUUGGGCGCUAUGGUACGCGCUGCGGAGUUGGUUGGUCAAGUCUCCGCUUGACGACAUUCCGGGACCCAAGCGACAGUCGUUCGCCAAAGGAGACUAUGCACGUCUCUAUCAUAGGCAUGGAUUGGACUUCCAUUUCCACAUUUGGAAGAAAUACGGUCGUGUUGCGAAGAUACACGCCCCCUUUGGUGCGCAAGCGUUAUACGUAUACGACCCCAAAGCCCUACACCACUUGUUGAUAGGUGAUCCAACUGCGGUAGAACAGUCGCAUUUCAUAGUCGAGAGCUACCGGCUUAUUUUGGGUCCCGGCCUCAUGUCCAUUACUGGCGAUCGUCAUCACCGGCAGCGGAAGGUGCUCAAUCCAGUUUUUUCUACAGCAAAUCUACAGGCGAUGAUGCCUAUAGUCGGCCACGUAGCUCAAGAGCUACGCGAUGUAAUCGCUAAUCAAGUAGGGAAGUCAGCGCAAGAAAUCGACAUGCUCAGAUGGAUGAAUCGUGGCGCUUUGGAGAUACUCGGCCAAGCUGGGUUGGGAUACUCGUUCGGGCCCCUCUCCGCAGAUGCCCCAGAUCAAUUUGCGAGAGCGUUAAAGGGCCUCUUCCCAUCCAUGUCUCGCCUUGGGUUUCUCAGGCAGCUGACCCCGCUGUUCAUCAAGUGUGGUUCAGCACGAUUCCGCAGAGCUGUGGUUGAGCGCAUACCGAGUAGCGCAGUGAAGAAUCUGCUCUCAAUUAUAGACGUCAUGGACGAGGCCUCGCGAAACAUUUUCCUGUCAAGGAAGCGAGCGAUUAUGGGGGAAACGAGUGACUCACCUGGGCAAGUUGGCGAAGGCAAAGAUCUCAUGAGCUUUUUGCUCAGAGCGAAUAUGGCUACAGACAUGGAGGAUCGCUUAACGGAUGAUGAAUUGCUAGGUCAGAUCUCCUCUUUUGUAUUGGCGGGAACGGACACGACUGCGAGCGUUGUGACACAAAUACUGCAACAUCUCGCAGAGCACACAGCUAUACAAGAUAGACUGAGGCAGGAACUCAAUGAUGUCGACGUCGAGCAUAUUUCAUUUACUGCGCUCAUGAAAUUGUCAUACAUGGAUGCUGUUGUAAAAGAAACGCUCAGGCUAAACACGCCAGCAGCCAUGGUCUCCAGACAGACCCAGAAAGAUGUUGUCAUUCCCCUUGCGUCGCCCCUUCGCACACUUGAUGGCAGUCUCAGGAACGAGAUUGUGGCUCCGAAGGGCACGAUCAUAUUCUUAGGUCUCCUCGCUCUCCACAGAGACAAGGAUAUAUGGGGCGAGGACGCCAAUGAGUGGAAGCCCGACCGCUGGCUUCGCCCAUUACUGACGACUGUGGCUGAUGCCCAUAUUCCCGGCGUGUACUCACCAUUGAUGACCUUCGUCGGAGGAAACAGAAGUUGCAUAGGGUUUCGAUUCGCAGAGAUGGAGAUCAAACAGCUGCUUGCUGUGCUUAUUAGCUCUUUCCGCUUUGCGGCGACCCAGAAGAACAUUGUGUGGAAUAUCGCUACCGUUCGAUUCCCCACGAUAGGGCCGGAAGGCUCGGUCCCUCAGCUCCCACUGAUUGUCAGUCGUGUGUAA